AUGGAUGUCCACGUCCAAAGCUGCAGGGCUGAGCGGUGCAUGAACUUGGUAAGGAACCGCAGGGCUGAGCGGUGCAUGAACUACAUCAUUUGCCACAAGGGCUGCAAGCGCGGCCCCAUCAUCAAUCCCCCCCACCCCCCCGCCCGGGCCCCUAGUCAGAACGAUGUGGGUGAGCGAUGGUCCCGACAAUAUGAAGCAGCGAUGAAGCCAAAUCCACCUGCAGGGGCAGUUAGGCAACCAGAUUUAUUUGGUACUCUGCUAGGCCAAAUUACGUAUCAAGUUGAUCGAGAUAUUCAUGGAAUGCAAGAAUGUGGUGAAACAUAUCAAGAGGAUAUGAAGAAGUUAUCUGCUGGUUUGUUGGGAAAGCUUGGUAAAAUGGCGCAAGGUGUUGAUGACCUGCUAAAUACAGCAGCAUCCAAAUGCAGACCUAUGAGUACUGAGGAGAAGAUUGAACUCGGGAAGCGCAUCCGAAAGCUCCCAGAGGAGGCACUUAAUCGUGUCGUGGAGAUAAUUACGGUUAGGAAACUGGCAAGUCAGAAAUCUGAUCAAAUAACCUUGAAGUUGGGAGAAUUGGUUCAACAGCAUGGAUUGCUAGUUGAAUGUCCAUUGUAA